AUGAGCCAGGUCGUGAAAGGACUCCCAGAGGAAAAGAUCCGUGUUGAUGACAGCCCAGUCAAGAGCCAAAUCGUCAAAGCACACCCAGGGGAACAGAUGCGGAAAUGCCAGCUCCAAGCGUACGAACAUCCAGAUCGGUUGAUAGAUCACAGCCAAAGCCUGUCCGGGGAGCAGAAUGCCAUGCUGAGACUGCGACCAAGGUAUAUACCGAAACAAGACCUAACACUUCAUCAAGUCCAGACACUCCACCAUACGUCCAACUCUUACAUCACCUACCCCAAAGCCAUUUCAUUCAUCUCCAGCUUCCCAGCAAUCAGAUAUUCGAUACCCCCAAAGAAAGAGAACGACCACAACAAAAAGAGUUCGAAGGCCAGGACCGCAGACGCGGAACAAAGCCUGGAAGAAAGAGCAGGUCUUGAGCCUCUGACGCCGGAGAGACUGCAGGCAGGUCGAUGA